AUGAAGGCAGAAUGUGGAGCAAACAGAGUGGAGGUGUGCUCUGCUCUAGACAGUAGUGUGAUUGGCUGUCUGGUGAACGGGCAUCCUAUAAAAGUCACAAUAACUCUGUGGAAGGUAUCAGCUGCCAUCAUCUCCACCAUCGCCAUCAUCGAUUCUCCUUUUUCUGUGGUCUUUUUCUGUUGCAGAGGGUCCAAAAUGAAACUAGCCGUCCUGUGCCUCUGCUUGGCGAGCACAGCCUGUGCUGUACCACUGCAGUACUUGCCUAAAUUCACUAGUUCCAGACUGCCGGCACCAUCCCCACAGAUAAAAAAUCCCUUCACAGCUGGUUUCCAACAGCCUGGACUUCCCGGUGCUUAUAGCGUGGAAAUAAUUUAUCCCCACACAUUUGGUGCCGCAGGUGGUGCAAACCCUGCACAGCCUUUUCCCUCUUAUGGCUUCAUCAAGUACUCCAUUCCUCAGCCCCCCGGCAGACAGAGUGUGGAAGUCUUCUACCCCUAUGACUUCACUCGGCAAAUGAUAGUGCCACAGAUCCCUCCUAUGACAAACAUCCCUCCAAUGCCGGAUGCUAUGCCAUUCGAAUUUCCUCCUCAGAACAUUCCCCAGCAGCCCAUGAAUAUUCCAACAUUUGACGCCAAUGCUCUUCCCUCCCAGGAUCCCCCUCAGCCGCUCCAGCAGGACCAGCCCACACAGACAAGCCAGAUGCCAGCAAAGGUGUAAAAAUGUGAAUUCUGCAUUCCUCCUGAACAUUUAGACAUCAGCAGCAGAUGAAAUGAUGUUAAAUCAUGAGUGAUUCUGUUUUUUGAAGCGCUUAUCUUAAAUUAAAAAGCAACAAUUAGAAUAAAAUAACCUUCUUUUUUUUAAUUAAGAGAUAAAAAUGUUACUAAACUGUAGUAUGACAUCUUGUCAUCUGCAUAGAAUGAAACAUAUUCCUGGACAACUGUAUGCUUUCCUUUGGUUUUAUAGAUUAACAGCAACCUUUUGUAGAAUUGCAGACUCGGUGUAAUGUGAUGCCACACACCUGUGAUGCUGCAUUUUCACAGUAUCUGCAGAUCUUUAUUAAUGAAGUCUAACUUAUCCUAAAGUAUCAUUUCAUUUUAAGAAAUAAAGAUUACAUUUUGAAGCAAA